AAAGAGGAGUUGAGGUGAGGUGAGGUGAAUCAAGGAUUAGAGAAGACAAAUCAACCAUCUCUACACGUCUACAGAUGAACUGUGGAGAGCAGCAAUCAGAGAUAUAUAGGAUGUUUAUAUAUCUAUAGCAGCAAUACACAGAUGAAUAAGAAGAAGAAGAAGAAGAAGAAGAAGAAGAAGAACAGCAACAAGAAGAUAGCAGAAGUGAUGUCGUCCAGCAGGAAGAGAGCAUCGUCCUCCGGAGAUAACGGAGAGGCUGCAGGGUCUACUGGAGGAUCUGUGCCCGCGGGUAAGCGCAGCAGAGCGGACCCGGACAGCCAGAGACACGUCGCUGUUCUGGUUCUAGCGAGAGGAGGAAGCAAAGGGAUCCCUCUGAAGAACAUCAAGAUGUUAGCAGGAGUUCCUCUGCUGGGAUGGGUCCUCAGAGCUGCUCUCAACACCGAGGGGAUACACAGCGUUUGGGUAUCGACUGACCAUGACGAGAUCGAGAAGGUGGCUAAAUCGUGGGGUGCCAAGGUGCACCGCAGGAGUCCUGAAGUCUCCAGAGACUCUUCUUCGUCCCUGGAGACCAUCCAAGAGUUUGCCCAGGUCCACCCCGAGGUGGACGUGCUGUGUAACAUUCAGGCGACGGCGCCGUGUCUACAGCCGCUCCACGUGAAGGGAGCUCUGGAGAUGAUCACCAAGAAGGGCUUCGAUUCGGUCUUCUCUGUGGUCCGGAGACAUCAGUUCCGCUGGCAGGAGGUCAAGAAAGGACCUGCCGAGUUGACGAAGCCGUUGAACCUGGACCCGGCCAACCGGCCGCGGCGUCAGGACUGGGACGGAGAGCUGUGUGAGAACGGCUCCUUUUACUUCACCACCAGAGACCUCCUCAUGAACAAGGGACUUCUGCAGGGCGGUAAGGUAGCGUACUUCGAGAUGCUGCCAGAGUACAGCGUGGACAUCGAUGUGGACAUCGACUGGCCUGUGGCAGAACAGAGGGUUCUCAGGUAUGGCUACUUCGGUCCGGCCACGCCAGAGGUGGUCCGUCUGAUGUUCUGCAACGUUUCCGGGUGUUUAACGGAUGGAAGGAUCUUCCUGUCUGUGUCCGGAGAGGAGAUGGUGUCCAUGAACACCAGAGACACCACGGGCAUCCGCAUGCUGCAGGAGGAAAAAAUGGAGGUGGUGCUGCUGACCUCCGACGUGGACCCCGUGGCCCAGUCGUUGGCUGACAAACUGUCCAAGAGGACGGGCUGCCAGGUCGUGCAGGUGGGGAAGGAGCCCCUGAAGGAUCUGAAGCCGAUGGUGGAGCAGAGGAAGCUGGAAUGGAAGGAUGUGGCGUACAUGGGUAACGACAAACAGGACGUCGACUGUCUGAAACAGGCGGGUUUGAGCGCGGUACCCAGAGAAGCUCCGACGGUGGCCAUUAACGCCGCCAAGUACACCUGCCGCAGUUUCGGGGGGAUGGGAGCCAUGAGGGAGUUCGCCGAACACAUUCUCCUGCAGAGAGAGAAAGCGAAGGCGCAGAUGGAGCAGCACCGCAUCGACCGCUGCAACUUCUAACGCUGAACAUGAACAUCCCCGCGGAAAGGCUUCAAGAGUCGGUGCAGUUCAUGCACUAAUAAUAGAAGUAGUCAAACAGUGCACAUAGGAACAUUAUCUGACAUGAAGAUCUAUUUUUAGAGUUAGCAGAAUUUGAGUAAUUAACUGUUUACAGUCAAAUCUCACGCAAUCAAGUUGUCCUGUCGUCAACUUUUUUGUCGGUUACAAAAUGUGAGAUUAUCAGUAGUUAAAAAAGAAAAUGAAUUGCAGUAAUACUGUGAAUAUUACAACGGAAUCAGAAGUUAACCGACCUUGGUGUAUUGUAACACACGGGAGGCAGAAUCCUCCUUGUUGACUGAGCAUAAAGACACAAAACGGCACCAAACUACUAGACUGAAAACUGCUAUUUUUGUCUUUUAAAACAAAGACACAGUAAAGAAAACAACCAAAUCUAAGGAAUACUGACGCAGUAAAACAUUUCUUAUUUGUAAACCAGCAGAAACAGAUUUACCUGUUACUAAAGUUCUUAAAAGGUACUAUUCUUUUUUUUAAAUACCACCAAAAUAGUGCCACAAAAUCUAAAGAUAUGAUAUUAUGAAACAGAAAACAUGUUGUUGUUAUUAUAUAGACCCUUUUACAGUUUGCAAACAAUAGGGAAUGGGAAUCGUGGAACAUUCGGGUAGCGUACAGAGCUACAGUAGACUCAUUACACCUGUCAGCAGUCCAAAAUAUUUAAACCUUUGGAGGCAGGUAUAUGACCUUAAGAUCUACGAGCCAAAUGCCAACUACACAAUCAUCCGGACAGAAAUAACCUAGCUAAUGUUAUGCUAACGGACUACUAACAAAACGUCUGACUAUAUACUAUACAUACUACAGUUUGUAGGUAGAUGACUAACUAGAUGACGUAGGUAGGUGCAUUUUUUAAUUGUGUCCUCAGUCCAGUAUUUAGUGACCGUGUUAACAGCCGAAUGCGUCGCGUUUGCUCGUUAUGACGGCAGCUGUUGAAAACCAAAACAGAACAUGUAAAAGCCUUCAAUCAAUCUUAAAUAUAUAUUAGGGCGAUUAAAAACGCAUAACGCAAAUUCAUUUUACCGUCACUUAUUUUUGUAACGAAGUGGAUCUUGCAGAGGUCGUAGCCGUAGCAGAUUUAAAACCAGAGUGAAGAUACUGGUUUUAAAUACUUGAUUUGAAAACUUGAAAAAAUGUGUGAUUAAUUUUGCAAUUAAUCACAAUUAACUCAGGACAAUCAUGCGAUUAAUCACGAUUGAAUAUUUCAAUCGUUCGACAGCCCUAAUAGAUACUCAUCUGUGUUUAUCAUCUACACCGCCGACCAUUUACGGAAGUUACUAUGAGCAACAACGGACGCAUUCGACUGAAAGUCACCAGUUAACACGGUCAUCAGAUAUUAUUAGAGAUACAGUCGCUUCAUAUUUAAAAUGCUUAAGUAUUUUAUAUAUAAAGGUGAAGCAUAUAUAUAUAUAUAUAUAUAGCACUUUUUGACAAAUUUUCUUUACUCUUUCUACCCGUAAACAUCUCAUCUUAGAAAAAAACAGUUGUCCCUGUCAUGCUGCAGAGUGUUGUUUAUAUUCCUCAUGUGCCCUGACAGCUUAUAGUUUGAUAUUUUGGGUGUUUAUUCGCUUCGUUUCCAAGAGUUCGAUGAGAAGAUUGGUACCACUCACCGCACAGCUGUUUCCAGUCUCUAUGCUAAGCUAAGCUAGAGUGGUAUCGACCUUUAAAUUUAACUCUCGGCAAGAAUAAAAGUAUUUUCCCACCAUGUUGAACUUUUGCUUUAACUUGAAACAUCCCUGAAGCACCUGAAUGCAGCAUUAGGUGAAUGUUGUGCCUGUUGCUGUGCUGCAACCUGCCGGUUCCAAACAGCGAGGAUUGAUGGGUAUUCCUUUGUUAUGUGGCCUAGUAAGAGGCCCGAUGGGGCUGGUUUCAUGUGGUGCAGGAUUUGCUUUUGAAGGUUAUAUUUAUUGAUGUAUGAUUUGUAGUAAUCUUAUUUCUAUCAUGUUGAUUUGCAUGUUUGAUUGUUUUGUUGGGAAUGUUUACGUUUUUUGUUGUUGUGCGAAUCAUUUUCAAUGAAGUUGUCUGUUGAAGAUCA